UUCGACAUAAAUUUGACAUUUGGCUUUGGCAAAUUGGCAUGGUAUUGCUGGAGCCGAACCUAUUGAGGGUGAUAUAAUUUUCUAGUUUGUUCGUACAAUACAAAAAUCAUCAUGUCCGUGAUGAAGGCUAAUAUGCUGGUGCGAUCCCUCAGCACGUCCUCGGCUGCAUCUCAGAUGGUCAAGGCUCCUAUUCAAGUCUUUGGCUUAGAAGGCAGAUACGCCGCAGCUUUAUAUUCAGCAGCCUCUAAGACCAAAGGUUUGGAUGCAGUCGAAAAAGAGUUGUCUUACUUCCAAAAAUCAAUGAAAUCUGACCCUAUACUUAAGGAAUUCAUUUUGAACCCUGUUCUGAAGAGAAGUAUCAAGGCUGAUGCAUUGAAACAUGUUGCCACAAAGACAAACAUGUGCGCUACGACAAGCAACCUCUUGGGUUUAUUGGCUGAGAACGGACGUCUUAACAAGCUGGAAAACAUCAUCAAUGCUUUCAAAAUCAUCAUGGCCGCCCACCGUGGUGAGGUUACCUGCACUGUGAUAACCGCUAAGCCUUUGGAUGCCACUCAGAAACAGAACCUGGAAGCUGCUCUUAAGAAAUUCCUCAAGGGAAAUGAGUCUCUGCAGCUCACAGCUUCUGUAGACCCCUCUUUGAUGGGAGGCAUGAUUGUGUCCAUCGGUGACAAGUAUGUGGACAUGAGUGUUGCCAGCAAAGUGAAGAAGUACACAGAACUCAUCAGCGCCUCAGCUUAAAUCAUAGACAAGAUUAAGGAUACAGUGUAGAAAUAAUUUAUGGUUCCAAUCAUGUUUACUGAAUAAUAAAUCAGUGAAAUAAUAUUA